CUCUUUUUUACAAUCCUUCAUCUUUAUUUCUCUACCAUUUAUCCCUUUGUCUUCUGAUUUUAUCAGUUUCAUUUCAUAAUUCAUUCAUAAUAACCAAUAGAUUUGAAACCCCCCAUGAAUAAUUCUAAUCUCAUUAAAAGCUUCUUCACAUUUCCAUAAAAUACCCAUCAAAAUUAUUUAAUUGUAUUAUUAUUCUACUCAUCCUACUUACCCUCUUAAAUCUUAUUCUUAUACAUAUUCAUACAUGUUAUGAUCAUAUGUGAUUAGCCCAUAUAUAUCUUUAUUCAUCUUGUAUACUUCUUUACACUUAUCUUAUUGUUUCGUGGAUUUUGAAUAGAUAAUACUUAGAUUAGAUCAGAUUAGAUAGAUUGGAAAUUUUUUUCGCCAUUUUCUCAUUUUUUGGGAUUUAUUUUAGAUUUGUUGUUGUUAGUUUGUGUGAUUACAUUCCCUAUGGUAAGGAUCACCACUUCCUAGGUGAUCCUACUUUUAUGGAUCAGAUAUUCUUACCGCUCAUCAUACCCAGUAUAUUUUGCUCAUUUUAGUCAAUAUGCAGGCAAGUUUUAGGUUAACUAAUGGUGAAAAUGGGAAGGAAAACAUCAUCUAUACUAAAAUAAUCCCAGGAAAAUCCUGGUCAUUUAGGAUACUAUACUUUUUCUUGAUAUUCUUGGUUCUUGGUCUUGGAUUGUGCAUAAUAAGUAUGAACAUGGUUCGAUAUUUUGGGUUGCAAUACAUGACAUUAAAGGAAUCAUCAUGGUUAGAACCUUGUUCUGAUAACACAAAUAGUCUUGAAUGUUGGCUAAGACCUCCUUCUAAUCUGAUGCAUAACAUGAAUGAUACCGAGCUUUUUUGGAGGGCCACAUUUGCUCCUCGAAUCAAAGAGUAUCCUUACAAGAGGGUUCCUAAGCUAGCAUUUAUGUUUCUAACUAGAGGUCCAUUGCCCUUGUCACCUCUAUGGGAAAGGUUUUUUAAAGGCAAUGAAGGGCUUUUUUCGAUUUAUGUUCAUUCGAUGCCUGGUUAUCGAGCUAAUUAUUCUCGAUCUUCUGUGUUUUAUGGCAGGCAGAUUCCUAGCAAGGUAACGGAGUGGGGGAAAAUGACUAUGUGUGAUGCGGAGAGAAGACUUCUAGCAAACGCAAUGCUCGAUUUAUCAAAUGAAUACUUUGUUUUACUGUCGGAAGCAUGCAUUCCUAUCCGCAAUUUCACUAUUGUGUAUCGCUACAUUACAAAAUCUCGCUACAGUUUCCUGGGCUCUUACGAUGAUCGUGGUCCCUAUGGGAGGGGACGGUAUGACAAACGCAUGGAGCCAGAGGUCACGCUCAAGCAAUGGCGAAAAGGAUCCCAAUGGUUUGAGAUUAACCGUGAACUUGCUAUUCGGAUUGUAGAGGACAAAAUUUACUAUCCAAAGUUCAAGGAAUUUUGCAAGCCUGCUUGUUAUGUGGAUGAGCACUACUUCCCCACAAUGCUAACCAUCCAAGUUCCGCAUUUGCUAGCAAACCGAAGUCUUACGUAUACAGACUGGUCAAGGGGCGGACCCCAUCCAGCCACAUAUGGUAAGAAAGAUAUUUCAAAGGAGUUUUUUGACAGGAUCGUAGGACGAAAAAUGUGUGUCUACAAUCGCCACUUGGUCUUCCUAUGCCAACUUUUUGCGCGAAAGUUUGCACCUAGUGCCUUGGAGCCCCUAAUGAGUUUGCCAUAUGAUGUGUUUGGUUACUAAGGAUGGGAGACUAGUUUUAAGUUGAUUAGAAAGUGUUGCAUUAACAAGCUAGAUUAACCAUGUUUCAUGAUGGCGAAAAGAUAAAAAGACUGUAGAUAAAAAGGUUAACCCUUUUCGAAAAAAAAGAGAAUAUGUAUCAAAACCUCAUAAUUUUCCCUGGUUUUGAGUGUGUUAACAUGGUGCUCCUAGAAUAGAAAAAGAUUUUGAGAAAGAGUCUCUAAUUAGUUACUGAGUAACUACUCAUUGGGGUUUCUAGACAAAAUUUUGAUCUGGAAGAAACAUGUAUGGCUUUAUGCAUAAAUUUUAACAUUUGAAGCAAACGUAACGAUAAACAUAUUUUGUUUCUUUCUAAAGUUCUAUGUAAUAUCGAUUUAUAUGAAAAAAGACUCGUCAUUGUCUUUAUUCUACGAAACCGAGUAGUUUUUAGGAAGGGAUAUCCUGAACAAAAUCUUCAUUUAGACACGUAAUUUAC